GGAGAGAUGCCAGGCGCGCGUGCGCGCAUGACCCCCUGUGAUGGCGCGAGGCCGCGCACGCCCGGCCUUGUAAGGCGCAUGACGUAAGCGUCAGCUGUGCGGCCCGCGCGGCGGAUGGGGAGAGAGGCCGGCCGUGAGUUCCGGGGCGUGGGUAUGAGGCGAGGCGGGUACCUAGUGGGACGCUGACCGGCCGGCGGAGCCGUUUCUCCCUUGUCUCCGCUCCCCGGGCGUCGUUUUCGCUGCCGAGAGCCCCGAGCAGAGAAGCCGGAGCGGGGAAGCAGAGCCCCUGGGAAGCGCCUCGGCCCUGUGUGAUUAUAGCACUAUUCAAGGACCAGUUCUCAUGGAAGGACUAUAGCUCAUGGAAGAAAAAAACCCUGUCAGGACAUCCUUGGUUUCCAGGUUACCAAAGUAUGGAACAAAACCUGUUGGAAGUAUCCUACAGACCGUUCCGAAUGGGACAGCUCUUAAUUUAUCAGGGAAUACACAGAGCAUUGAGAAAAAUUUCAGCAAGCACAAUGGCGCUCUUCAUCUGUCUUCCUUUUCCUUUAACUGGAGAAAAUCAAAUAAGUACCAGCUGGGUGACCCAAUCAGCAGUGAAUCUAGCUCCAGCCACAAUUCCAAUGAAAGACUGACUGAUUCAGAAAAGUGCCCCCAGUCCCAGGGAGCAGUUAAUAAAGAAGUGCCCAGGAUAGGGUCACACAGCACAUCUUCACAAACUGGAAAACAAAGCAACAUGUUUGUGUCUUCUGCAGAAGAAUUAAGCCAAAAGUCUGUGUCUGGGCUGCCUUGUUCAGCUAAAUUCACCAAAAGUUUGUUGUUAGGCAGGACUUCGUAUUCUGGACUAAAUGCUCCGAAGUCACACUUGAAUGGGGUUUGUGGGACCCAGUCAACCAUAGGCUUUCAGAGGAAUAAAGGUAAUUCCUCUGCCACAAGAAGCAGGUCAGGAGAGAAUCUAUCAAUGUCAACAGACAAUGUUAAAUCUUCCUGUGAAAAAAUGGUUAGAUCACAAAGCUUUUCUCAUUCCAUUCAAAACAGCCUCUUGCCCCCUGCAUCUUUAACCAGGUCACAUUCUUUUAAUAGAGCUGUGGAUCUUACAAGGCCUUAUCAAAAUCAACAUCUAGCUAUUAGAACAUCUCAGAGGUCAAAUCUGUUAUCAAGAAAUGCUCGACAACUAGAGACACCCAAUUGCAAUGAGCCCCUAAGGUGUCGGUUUCCUAGGUCUUAUACUACUUUAGGAACUUCAGGAUUGAAGAAACCCCCACUGUUAAACGGCUCUGGGGAUGCACCAUCUUUAAGAUUUAGAACAGGCCGACCUUCUUUAUUAAGACCUAGCAACCAACAUUUGGGGAGAAGGAUUCCAGUGGAUGGCAGCACAAAUAAUGAUACCGAAAAAGAGAACUCUUCAAUUUCAGUAGAUAUUCAUGGAGGUGCUGAUGCAAAAAGUACACAAAGCACUGCAAGACCAGAAGUUAGUGAAGCUGGAUGUAAUUUGGUAGAAGAUGGCAGUAAAGUUGUUUUCACAGAUGGUGAUGUAGAUGAAAUAUCCGUAUCUUCUUUGUCAUCUUCUGAGAAGAAUGAUCUGAGCGAAGACUUUAGUGAUGAUUUUGUAGAUCUAGAAUAUCGAAGAAGAACGUUAAGAAUUCAGGAAGAGGAAGCGUCUGUUCAAGAGUUGGAGUGUGGAAAUGAAAUACCGUUAGAUCAACUCCUGUCUCUUAAGGAAAAUGAAAUACCCAGUUGUUAUUCUGAUGAAUGGUUGGGUAUUCAUGUGUCUGGAGUCGAUGACAAGAGUGAAAAUGCAAAGCAGCCUUCUGGGAGCAACGUGAUCUCCUCUGAUGUGGACUACAGAGCUGGCUCCUCCUUUGAGCUUUCUCCAUCUGACAGCUCUGAUGGAACCUAUAUGUGGGAUGAAGAAGGACUGGAGCCCAUUGGAAGUGUCCAUCCAUGUGGAAGUUAUGACUCAUCGGAAAUGAACAGCAUAGAUAUCCUGAAUAACCUUGAUUCAUGUGAUCUGGAAGAUGAUGAUCUUAUGCUUGAUGUCGAAUUACCAGAAGAUGCACCCUGUGAUAAUGUCGAUUGUGAAAAUAUGAAUCGUUAUGAGCGACCAGAAAGGAAUAUAAGACAACAGAAGGAAGGGCUUUGGAAGAGGACGCCACAACGCUGGAAUGCUCAAGAUCACUAUCACCUUGGCCAUACUGACCACUUUCACCACGGCAGAAAUGAUCUUAACAGGACUUCCACUUAUUUAGGCUCUCCUCCUGUUGGUCAUCUUGAAGGGUAUGGAGCACCAUGCUGGUACCCACCCUUUGUGGGCUUGCCACCAAACACCGUGAUGCUUGAUGAAAUGACCCUUCGGCAUAUGGUUCAAGACUGCACAACUGUGAAGACUCAGUUAUUAAAAAUGAAAAGGAUACUUAAUCAGGUUGUAGAAAAUGUGUCACUCCACAACAUCACUCUUUCUGUGCCUCCAAGCCCAGAUCACCAGGAGCCUGAACCAAUAUGUAAGACUGAUGAUUUGUUGAGUGAGAUCACACAGCUUAAAGAAGAUUUAAAGAAAAAAGAUGAAACAAUCAGACGACUUGAGCAUCGGCUUUCCCUUAGGUGUGACUGCAACAAAAAUAACCAGAAAUCUGAAACGGCUGGGAGUAUGUUUGUUGACAAAUACACACAGACCGUCUCAAGGAGAAUUGCUCCUCAAGUACUACAGCCUUCCAGCCUCCUUCCCCGUUUCACAGACCUCACCCAGGGAAAAUUAACAAAAACAUCACACAUCGCGGCCCCCAGUGAGCACCCCAAUCAAGACCAACAGCAGAAAUGUGGCCGUGAAUAUCAAAAUGCUGCAGAUGGCUCCUUCACCCGUAGCCUAAACGAACCGAGCACUUUAAAUAUGCAGUUAAAGAAGUCAGAGGGGAAUGCACAUUCCAUCAAGGAUGCAAAUGACAGAGAGGAAAUGCGAGAGUUGACUGGAGGGAAGAUGAGCGUGGCACCGCCCCAUCCCUCUCCUUUGCAAUCAUCUACCCAAGUGAUUACACAAGAAGUCCAGGCCAAAUUGAUCCCCAAAAAGCAUCGCUUGCGGACAAACCAGGCUUCACCGCCAAAGACUUCAAAACUUACAAAGCCCCCAAAUCAGAAUGACCUAGUGCCUCCUUCAGCCACUGUUUCAGCGUCAUCAGCGAAAGACUGUUCUGCGCCAAAUGAGCCUGAGCUACUGCCACCAAACAGCCCUACACAGCUGCAGUCAGCAUCUAGUCAGAUGAACCUGAAUAGUAAGAGACCAAGACUGAACUUCAAAUAGAUCCUCAAUAUCCCUGAAUGAAGCAAACGACAAAUCCGAAACUCCCGAGUGCCUUCUGGGCAUAGAAUGCCUGGUCAA